AUAAAAGAACUCAGCAUGGCAGAAAAGGUAGGAAGACUCAAGAAUACUAACAGAAUGCACAUGAUGACAGCCAUGCAAUGGGGUGUAUGGGCCGUAUUGCUCUGCCCCUACCUGCUUACAGUAAGCAUCCCCUUGGACUGUAGGGAUGAGCAGGGCACCGUCUCCCGAUGCCCCUCCAUCUCCCAAGAGAAACUUCUAGACCGAGUCAUCCAACAUGCUGAGCUCAUCUACCGUGUCUCCGAAGAAUCAUGCUCUUUAUUUGAGGAAAUGUUUAUCCCAUUCCCUCUGCAACUCCAGAGGAAUCAAGCUGGUUAUGCAUGCAUCACCAAAGCUUUACCCAUCCCCAGCUCCAAAAGUGAGAUCCAACAGAUAUCUGACAGAUGGUUGCUCCACUCUGUGCUGAUGCUGGUCCAGUCGUGGAUUGAGCCUUUGGUCUACCUGCAGACAACACUGGACCAUUACGAUGAUGCCCCUGACAUGUUGCUCAAUAAGACCAAAAGGGUAUCCGAGAAAUUGAUCAGUCUUGAGCAAGGGGUGGUGGUCCUCAUCAAGAAGAUGUUGGAUGAAGGAAUGGUGACCACAACAUACAGUGAACAAGGCCUAUUCCAGCAUGAAGCGCGACCUGAGAUGCUGGACUCUGUUAUGAGAGAUUAUACCUUACUUAGCUGCUUCAAGAAAGAUGCCCACAAGAUGGAGAUUUUGCUCAAGCUUCUCAAGUGUCGACAAAAUGAUACAUACAACUGUGCAUAAAAAUAUGAAGUGCAGCUUUUAAAUAAUACAGUGUUUUGCUUUAAAUUAAUUCCUGAAGUUGGUAGCCGUCCACUUAUAGAUAUGACCAUGCCUUGGGCGAUUUAACCUUGCUUGCAAUGGAAUACAUUCUUUAUUGAUUGUUUUGGAACACCUUCACACAAAACUAAGUAGAUAUUGCAUGUGUAAUGCUGUGCCCUCUCUUCAACAUGCUGCAUUUUAUACCUCCCCCUUCAGUAGAUAUUUUAACCUGGCAAAGGCAACAGAGGGCAAACUCCCAAAAGAUUAUUUGCGUGUCGAGCUGUCAAAAAAAUCUACAUAUCCUGCCAUUGAUUUCCAUUUCCUUUGUUCUUAACUGGAGUUUGUAUUCCUCGCUGGCUCUUGCAGUGUUUUGAUUAUUCCCACGGCCCCCAGAGUACAGUGUAUUCAGUGAGACUCCCUUUCUAAAUGGAGUUGGUUUCACUCCUGCAUUAUUAAGAUGAAACACUUACACCAGAGACAGGAGUCAAACAGAGAGCAAUCACUACUUAAAAAAGAAGAUACAUUUUGAUUGGUGAGAGUAUGAGAGAGCUAGAGAGAGGGGAAGAGUACAAAUAACAGCUAAAAUGAAACACGGGGAGUUUUUGGUUAGACACAGGUUUAGAUUUGUUCAGUGCUCAUGAAAUAAUCAUGAAUAUUUAUAUGCCUUAACUUUCCUAAUUUAACCUGAAUGUAAUAAAAUAAGUUUAUUAUUCACUUUUAAUAAUCAGGGGGUAUAAAGUUUAAAUUUUAAUUGUUAGAUAUUAUGACUAUGUUAUGCAGAAUGCAAAUUUCACUUUUUUGUGCUGUCGUGUGUAAACAGAAGAAGCCCAGUGUAGCCUGCUGUGAAAACCUUUGUCUUUGUUGAUUUAAGGCGCUAAUAAAGCAAAUGGUACAAAGAAAAGACAAGAAAACAAAAUAUUUCCUUGUGAGCAAGUGAAG